AUGCCCUCGGGAAGCAUCUCGCGCCCCAAGCUGCGGCAGGCCACUUUUGUCCUCCCGCGAACGGGCCAGCGCUUAAAGGGACUCGUGAGCCUGCGCAACCCCAGGCAGCGACCAGACUCAACGACGGAUCAUGACGAACGGCGCGGGCUGCUGUCCGGCCAAAUCAAUCAUCAAUCCGUAAUCUCGAGCUGGUCGCGAGGCGUGUGGACGCAGGCGCAUCAGUUCCUCACCUCCGAGCCGGGCAUCGGAGUCGUCAAGUGCAGUCUGGCCUAUUUCCUCGGCUCUCUCGCGACCUUCAUCCCUCCGAUCUCCGCGUUUCUAGGCCAUCAGGAUGGCAAGCACAUGGUGGCCACGGUCACCGUCUACUUCCACCCGGCCAGGUCCCAGGGAAGCAUGUACAAGGCGCUGGUCUGUGCGCUGCUGGCCUUUUGCUAUUCCGCAUUUCUUUCCAUUACCAGCAUGGUGGUCGAGGUCUUCUUCCAGGACUCCCUGCACCUACCGGCCCUCGGUCAUGGUUUGGUCCUCAUCGUGUUCUGCGGCGGCGGACUGGGCCUCGUGGGAUGGACCAAACAGCGCCUGGGCGAUCCCCUCGUCAAUGUGGCAUGUUCCCUCGCCUCAUUGUCGACCAUCACGGUCCUGACCAAGGAGGACGCCGUGCAGAGUGGCGACUUGUCGUUCGCCAAGAUCUCCCAGGUCUUGAAGAUGGUCUUGAUGGGCGUCAUAGUCGCCAUGACCGUCUCUUUUGUGGUUUUCCCCAUCUCGGCGCGCAAAAAGCUCCGUGCAAAUCUGACCACGGUAACGGACACGCUCGCCGUGAUGCUGGGCACGAUCACCGAGGGCUUUCUCAGCGGGUCUGAGGUAGAAAUGAAGUCGACCGAGUUCAGGGACGCGGACACGAAUCAUAGAAAGGCCUACGGCCAGCUGGAUAAGCUGGUCCGAGAGGCUAAGCUGGAGCACUAUGUGGCAGGCACUGAGAAGGAGUAUCGAUUGGAGAAAAAGCUCGUGCGCUGGGUGCAAGACAUCACUCAUAACAUGGGCGGAUUGCGGAGCGCCGCUGAACUGCAGUUCAGUCUGAUCAAAGAGACAAUCGCGCGCGAGUACGGGCUGGAUGACCAACAGACAUCGUCUAGCAUCCGCCUGUUUUCGCCUCUGGAGCGGUCAUGGUCCUUUGCCGAAGGGUCUUUUCUAGAGCCCAUCGAGGAACGGCCAGAGGAAGACCUGUCACCAAAUGGAAGCCUUAGAAACAGCCCUAUACCCGCUACUCUUCUUCCAGCAGAGGUGUUCACCAUUUUUAUUGGCCAUUUGGGCCCUUCUAUGCGAUCACUGGCUUUUACCCUCAAGGAAAUAUUUAAUGAAAUCCCCUUCGGUCUGGCACCGGACUACAAGGUUUCCGUCGAUAGUCGGCUCCAGACAAGCCUCAGUCGCGCUCUCCAUCUUUACCGAGAAUCGCGGGAGAAGACGCUUACAGUGCUGUAUCAGCAAAAAGAAGUCAUGAAUCUGCAGAGCCAUGACGCCGCCGCCGAUUUGGAGGAAGUAUCGGCCAGCUGCGCUCACUUCAGUUUCUCGCUACUGGAGUUUGGAGAGCAGCUACACGACCUGCUGUUGAUUCUAGAUGAAUUGCAACUGGAAGUCGAAGAGCGACCCAAUGGGAGAUCCUGGAACUGGUUGAAAUUUUGGACGUGGUCAAAGAGAAAAGAAACGGAUGCAAUUGGAAACUUCCCUAUGGACUCAUCUUCCGCCGGUCUUGGAAUCGAUGAAAUUCGCCCAACGGUCAAUCGAACUAUUCACAGAGAUCCAUCUGUCAUAGCAUACGCAAAGCGAAGACUCGGUUACCGCGUCUGGAAAUCCCUGGAAUUAUUUCGUCGGGAUGACACUAAAUACGCCAUCAAGGUGGGCACUGGGGCCGCUUUAUAUGCAUUGCCAUCAUUUCUUCCCUCCACCCGACCUUUCUACCAGCACUGGAGGGGAGAGUGGGGCCUGUUGUCAUACAUGUUGGUAUGUUCCAUGACAAUCGGUGCCUCCAACACUACCGGAUAUGCACGGUUUUUGGGAACAAUACUCGGAGCGUUCUGUGCCGUGGUGGCCUGGUAUCUGACGGCCGGCAAUGUCUUUGGUCUCGCGUUUCUGGGGUGGCUGAUGGCGCUCUGGCCCGCGUAUCUCACCAUAGUCAAGGGUAAUGGGCCUAUGGGACGGUUUAUCAUGCUCACUUACAACCUAUCCGUGCUGGGGGCACACCCAGUCAUCACGGAGAUCGUGUUGCAUCGGGUGGUGGCUGUCCUGUCUGGCUGCAUUUGGGGCAUCAUUAUCACCCGAGUCAUCUGGCCUCUUAGUGCACGCACCAAAUUGAAAGGCAAUCUCAGCCUCCUUUGGCUGCAUCUGAGUCUCAUCUGGAAGCGGGAUCCGCUGUCAUCGAUGGUCCAAGGCAGCACCACUGUCGGAUACAUGAGCCCUCGGGAGAAGCUGGAGAUCGAGCGAUUUCUGGCCAAGCUAGAGUCCCUGCAGGCCUCUGCGCGCUCCGAAUUCGAGCUGAGGAGUGUUUUUCCGGACGCAGAAUAUGGCAAUAUCAUCCGUCGCACCCGGAGCAUGGUGAAUGCGUUCCUUGCGAUGAACCUGGAGCUUGUCAAGAACGUCACUGCCACCGAAGGCGAGAUCAACUUGCUUCGCUAUACAGCGGCUGAACGGCAGCAGCUCUCUGCCCGCAUCAGUCAUCUUCUCUCCGUCAUGGCUUCGUCGAUGAAACUCGAGUAUCCGCUGAACGAGGUGCUCCCCAGCAUCGACCAUGCGCGCGACCGGCUGCUUGCUCGCAUCUAUCGCUACCGGCAGGAUCAGGAAGUGUCUCAAAAGACCACGGAUGAGGAUUGCGCUCUCCUCUAUGCAUAUAUUUUGGUGACUGGUCAAUUGUCCAGCGAGAUCAUGGCUAUCAUCGGCGUAAUUGGGCAGUUAUUCGGGGUGUUGAACGAAGAUGUGGUGGCGCUGGCGUAG